AUGCAGCUACGAACUGCGCGGGGCUGGGGAUUGUUGUCUGAGAGAUGUGGAAGAAACCCACAAAAUACUCCGAAUGUCGAGGCGGUGGGCGUUAUACGAUUUUCUCCACCACACGUGGAUAUUAUAAUAUGGCCAAUAACUCGUCCUAGCCAAGCUUCGAUCCAGCAUCUAAAUAUCCCGUGGACGAGGGAGGUCUGCGUCGAAACUGACAAUAGGUGGAUGAGGGAGGUCUGCACCGAAACUGACGAGAGGUCGAUGGUGGAUGGCCGAUGGUUCGACGGCUAUAUUAUACCCAUCACAAUGACUUCCAAAAUAUUUGAAAUUAUGAAUGACAUUAUAUGUUUUAUUUCCAAGCGACCGGUGAAAAACUAUAGAUUUAUAUUAACUGUACAAUCGUUGGCACGACGAUAG